AUCCUCCUCUUCCCCCCACCCCCUUCCCCUCCAUCCUGAGCAUGGAUGCGGCGUUAUACAACAUCCCCCAGAGACUAGUGGUACGUGUGGCUCUCAUCAGGCACCCCCCUGGCCUCUCUGUGCUGUGGAAUGUGGAGGAGGAAGACCCCUCUGCGCCGCCCAUGGACAGUUAUAGCGUCUUCAUGACUAUGGAGAAGGUUAAGGGUAGCAACAUCUUCCCAAAUUGGCGAACGGCUGGUGAGGUGAAGGCUAUCCCUCUGCCCACGUGUGUGUUGAUCACCAAGUACAAGCCCGGGCACAAGAUGUGUGUCGCUGUGGUGGGCAAAGACAAGUUUGGCCGGUACGGACCUUACAGUAAAGUUAUAACUGCAAUCGUACCUGAUAAAUUGGGAGAAGGAUAUGGAGUCAAGUUAGAGACAGCCAAAGCAGUGUUAGGAAGAUAGGGAUUUUUAUUAUUAUUGUUUAUUUUUUUAAAGGCAGCAUUACAAAUUUAGAAACCAGAAGUAGAAUACUGCUGUCCUCUAGGUAGUGUUCCAGUACCAAUGGAAGUGUAAUGGACCAUGUUUAAAGAACUGUUUUCUCUGCCAUAAAUAAACAUGCGUUGUCCUUUCACUUGAAGAAAUUGGGUGAAACACAAACAUUAAGUAAUGUGAAUUUAAAUACAUUUUUAAUGAGCGUAUGAAGUUGACAAUGUCUAAAUGUAUUCUCCAUUUUUUUUCAUUUAAAAAGUAAAAGUAAAAGUUUCUUGCCUAUCUCAGUUUAAAAUAAAUAAUUGAAUACUUUGGAUUAUUUGACUGCUGGUCAGACUAAAAGCCAUGUCCGCAACCACUCCUGUAUAAGCUGUCCCUGUGAAUGGUAAUGAUUUUACUCUGAAUGUUAUUUGAAAUGAGUUUUAUAUUAAAUUUAAGUGGCAAUAACUGUAAUAGUAAUAAAUAUGUUUAUGCCACUGUUUAUACCGUAAUUCU